UCAGUUCUGUUGAAAAUAGAGGGAGAGCGUUGUGGCAAUAUCAAAUAGAGUGUUGAGGAGGUUACUAUUCUCUUUCUUUUAGGGUUCCUGCUCUGCUUUUACCCUUCAAAUCUUUCAGAAUUUCAUAGAUUUGCCGAGUUUCUGUAAUUGGAGGAUAUGGAGUCAGCUGAUGAACAGAAUGGAAAUGGGUCACAGGAAGCCCUCCCACCUCCCCCUCCUGAUGUUCCACCAAAUGUUGUUCCAGUUAAAGCUGAACCUGAGCCUGUCAAGAAAAAACCUCUGCGGGUUCCAAUAGCCAGGCGUGGCCUUGGAUCCAAAGGCCAAAAGAUGCCUCUAUCGACCAAUCACUUUAAAGUCAAUGUUACUAAUACUGAGGGAUACUUCUUUCACUACAGUGUUUCCCUUGCUUAUGAAGAUGGCCGCCCUGUUGAUGGUAAGGGUGUUGGAAGAAAGGUGAUUGAUAGGGUGCAUGAAACUUAUGAUACCGAGUUUGGAAAGGAUUUUGCUUAUGAUGGUGAAAAGAGCUUGUUCACUGUUGGUCCCCUUCCUCGCAACAAGCUUGAGUUCACGGUUGUGCUUGAGGAUGUAGUAUCUAACAGAAAUAAUGGAAAUGCAAGCCCUGAUGGCCAUGGAAGUCCAAAUGAGGGUGACCGAAAGAGGUUGCGCCGUCCCUAUUACUCCAAGACAUUCAAAGUGGAGAUUAGUUUUGCUGCAAAAAUCCCCAUGCAAGCCAUUGCAAAUGCCUUGCGUGGUCAGGAAUCAGAGAAUUCCCAAGAAGCCUUUAGAGUGCUGGAUAUUAUAUUGCGACAGCAUGCUGCCAAGCAGGGCUGCCUCCUUGUGCGCCAAUCCUUCUUCCAUAAUGAUCCAAAAAAUUUUGUGGAUUUGGGAGGCGGUGUUCUUGGCUGCAGAGGUUUCCACUCAAGUUUUAGAACAUCUCAGGGAGGCUUGUCUCUUAAUAUUGAUGUGUCUACAACCAUGAUAAUACAGCCAGGUCCUGUGGUAGAUUUUCUAAUUGCCAACCAAAAUGUGAGAGAUCCAUUUUCACUUGACUGGGCGAAGGCGAAACGAAUGCUCAAAAAUCUGAGGGUUAAGGCAAGUCCUUCCAAUCAGGAGUACAAGAUAACUGGGUUGAGUGAGAAGACUUGUAAAGAACAAAUGUUUCAGUUGAAACAGAAAAAUGGAGGGGAUGGUGGGGUCGAGGCUGUUGAAAUAACUGUUUAUGAUUAUUUUGUCAAUCACCGCAACAUCGAUUUACGUUAUUCUGGUGAUCUGCCAUGCAUUAAUGUUGGGAAGCCAAAGCGCCCUACUUAUAUUCCUCUUGAGCUUUGUUCCCUGGUGUCCCUACAACGCUAUACCAAAGCACUGUCCACACUUCAAAGGUCUUCGCUGGUGGAGAAAUCACGGCAGAAGCCGCAGGAAAGGAUGACUGUUUUAUCUAAUGCUCUGAAGAGCAGCAAGUAUGAUGCUGAACCCAUGCUACGCUCGUGUGGCAUUUCAAUCAACCCUAGUUUCACACAAGUGGAAGGCCGUGUUCUGCCUGCUCCUAAGCUGAAAGUUGGCAACGGGGAAGAUUUCUUCCCAAGAAAUGGACGUUGGAAUUUCAAUAACAAGAAACUUGUGGAGCCAUCUAGGAUCGAGAAGUGGGCUGUCGUGAAUUUCUCAGCUCGCUGUGAUAUACGCAACCUUGUACAAAAUCUCACAAAAUGUGCAGAGAUGAAAGGAAUUCCCAUAGAAGAUCCUUUUGAUGUAUUUGAGGAGAAUCCACAAUCAAGACGUGCCCCACCAGUGGUUAGAGUGGAGAAAAUGUUUGAGCAUAUUCAGUCUAGACUUCCUGGGCAACCAAAGUUCUUACUGUGCUUGCUUCCUGAAAGAAAGAAUUCUGAUAUAUAUGGCCCAUGGAAGCGCAAAAAUCUUGCUGAAUAUGGAAUUGUCACUCAGUGCAUUGCGCCUCAAAGAGUUAAUGACCAAUAUCUUACCAAUGUUCUCCUGAAGAUCAAUGCAAAGCUUGGUGGGUUGAACUCUAUGUUGGCUGUGGAACACGCCCCCUCAUUACCUCUUGUGUCGAAGGUUCCCACGCUUAUCCUUGGGAUGGACGUGUCCCAUGGCUCUCCUGGGCAGUCUGAUGUCCCUUCAAUUGCUGCGGUAGUCAGCUCCAGGCAGUGGCCUUUGAUUUCUCGCUAUCGGGCAUGUGUGCGAACACAAUCCCCAAAGCUUGAGAUGAUUGAUUCAUUAUUUAAGCGAGUGUCUGAGACUGAGGAUGAAGGAAUAAUUAGGGAGCUUCUGUUAGACUUUUAUGUGACUUCAGGAAAAAGGAAACCUGAUCAGAUCAUCAUAUUUAGGGACGGGGUCAGUGAAUCACAAUUCAAUCAGGUCUUGAAUAUCGAAUUGGAUCAGAUAAUUGAGGCGUGCAAGUUUCUUGAUGAGAAGUGGUCCCCAUCGUUUGUGGUAAUUGUAGCUCAGAAAAACCACCACACUAAAUUUUUCCAACCUGGAUCUCCUGAUAAUGUCCCUCCUGGUACAAUCAUUGACAACAAAGUCUGCCAUCCAAGAAACAAUGACUUCUAUCUCUGUGCUCAUGCUGGGAUGAUUGGGACUACAAGGCCUACUCACUACCAUGUUUUGUUAGACGAGGUUGGUUUUUCAGCAGAUGAUCUGCAGGAACUUGUGCAUUCCCUCUCAUAUGUAUACCAAAGAAGCACGACGGCCAUCUCUGUAGUUGCACCAAUCUGCUAUGCCCACCUGGCAGCUACUCAAAUGGGCCAGUUUAUGAAGUUUGAAGACACGUCUGAGACUUCCUCAAGCCAUGGUGGGAUGACCUCAGCAGGAGCUGUUCCUGUCCCGCAGUUGCCGAGGUUGCAGGAUAAAGUUUGCAAUUCCAUGUUCUUUUGCUGAGCAUGCUAGCCCUUUUACUCUGUAUGUAAAUAAAACUAGAUGGACAGCAGGUGUUUGGGGUUUCUGAAUUUGGUGCAGCCUUGCUGUGGAGUUUAGUUGAACACCAUGUGGUGGAUCCAAGUAUAUUUUGGUCAGGCAAAUAUAUGGUUCUACACCUAGGCAUAGUGAUGCCAUUUGACACGUUUUGGACCGUCUUGGAUUCUGCCUCUAGGUAUGGUCACUUGCUGAUGGCUUGUCACAGCUUUGCAUUUUGUUCAGUUCAUGUUUCUGUGCACAACGUCUGCAAGCAAAUCCGGUGCAUGCACAAUCCUGGGUUGCAUGGUAUUUUGUAAGCGGAUGAUGUUGCUUUAUGCAUGGAUGAAAUUUGUCAUCUGAAUGCUCCAGGAACACGUCGUUUUCUCAAGUGA